UUUGCACUUGAUACCAACAGAAAGUUUGAGAGAGAAAGCGUCAUCAUUCACCAGUUACCACCAAGAUUGCCCCUUUUUGCAGUAAGCGAAUCGUCAUCUUCAACCACCAUUGAAGCCUUCUCCAAUUCCUCUCUCACUCCUACUCUCACUUGGGUUUGAAGAUGAGACUCUGUGGAGCAGCAGCAACCUGCAGCAGCUAUAGCACCACAUCCAGCUCCUUUCUUGUGUACAUUUCUUCUUCCCUUUCCUGUCCUUCCAAAACCAAGUUCCUGCCCUCGCUUUCCAAAUUUUCUGUCAAGCGUUCUUGCUUCUUUUCCGAAACUCGUCCCCGUCUUGCUGGGAGCAAGCCCUCUAUGAACCUGUUGAACAGACUUGGAUUUGGUAGCACAAGGUCACCGGAGAACAUGGAUUCAUCCAUUGCUCAGGGACCAGAUGAUGACAUACCGGCACCAGGCCAGCAGUUUGCGCAGUUCGGUGCUGGCUGCUUUUGGGGCGUUGAGUUGGCCUUCCAGAGGGUGCCUGGGGUGACCAAGACUGAAGUUGGUUACUCACAGGGGAUUUUGCAUAACCCAAGCUAUGAGGAUGUGUCUUCAGGGACCACUAACCACGCAGAGAUUGUAAGAGUCCAAUAUGAUCCCAAAGCAUGUGGCUACGAGUCUCUACUUGAUGUGUUCUGGGCUAGACAUGAUCCUACCACACUGAAUAGACAGGGGAAUGAUGUGGGAACACAUUACAGAUCUGGAAUAUACUUCUACACUCCUGAACAAGAGAAAGCAGCUCAGGAGUCUUUGGAACAACAUCAGAAGCAGUUGAACAGGAAGAUUGUUUCUGAGAUCCAUCCUGCCAAGAAGUUCUACAGGGCAGAGGAGUACCAUCAACAGUACCUCGCGAAAGGAGGUAGAUUUGGUUUCAAACAAUCUACUUCUAAAGGAUGCAAUGAUCCAAUUCGGUGCUAUGGUUAAUUGUUGACGGUGAAUCACCGUCAAGGAUCAUAAUUACACUAUGACCUGUUCUUUUUUAAAUGUGAGUUGAUGAUUUUGUUAGUAGCUAUUUGAUUUGUUAAUAUAUCAACAGAACUCUUGAACCAUGUAUUGGAGGUUGAAAACGGGCAUAGGUAUAAAUUCAGUUGUAAAGUUGUAUAUUGUCUCAUAUUAUAUUAUGUGAUGCAUAUGUUAGUAUUUUGAAAUUAA